AUGCCUACCACUACAGAGCAAUUGAAAGCUCAGUUUCCAGACUUGAUAUGGACGAAACUGCCAACACCUGAGGAGCAUCCCAAAUACUUUUACUAUGGCUUUGCCCCAGGAAAGAGCUUACUCCCCAAGGGUCAUACCCGCUUUCCUGGUCGUUUGGCCUUUGCUUCGGACGUGGUCUUCGAUCGAGACGUCUCCAUUCCUCUUCGGGACGGAAUCAACAUUUACGCAGACAUCUUUCGCCCGGUCCACGGCGAAGAUGAGGGGAAGGUCCCUGCCAUAAUCCCCUGGAGCCCGUACGGGAAGACUGGCACAGGAGUGAUGCAGUAUGAAAACAUGGCGCCGUUCCGAGUUGGCCUUCGUGAGGAUCAGACCUCUGGAUACGAGAAGUUUGAAGGACCUGAUCCUGCGGAUUGGGUGAACCGAGGAUAUGCCAUCAUCAAUGUGGAUGCACGUGGUGUUGGGAACUCAGGAGGUAACGCCGUCUUUUGGGGCCAACAAGAGGCCGAGGACAUCUAUGACACUAUUGACUGGGUUUCCAAGCAGCCGUGGUGUAAUGGUUCAAUUGGCAUGUGUGGUAACUCGUGGCUUGCCAUCUCACAGGUCAACUUUGCAUCCAGACUGGAGCACCCGGCACUCAAAGCCCUGGCGCCAUGGGAAGGCCGGACCGAUGUCUAUCGUGAUACGCUUGCGCGCGGCGGGAGGCGACACAACCCUUCUCUUCAUCAGUUCCUCAUGGCUGGGUUUGCAGGACCUAAUUUUGUGGAGAACAUGCCUACUAUGCUCAAUAAACGUCCCUUCUUUGACGAAUACUGGGCUAGUAAGUACAUCCAUACCGAGAAGAUCAAUGUCCCGCUUUACAUCACUGGAUCGUAUUCGUCUCAACUGCAUAGUCGAAGCUCCUUUCAUACAUUCCGCACGGCCAAGACGCCGCAGAAAUGGCUGAGGGUGCAUCCUUUCCACGAGUGGUAUGAUCUCUAUCGCCCCGAGUCGGUGGAUGAUCUUCAACGCUACUUCGACCAUUUUUUGAAAGGCAUCGACAACGGAUGGACGAGAGAUACUCCAAAAGUGCGCCUCUCUCUUCUCGGAUUCGAGACUGGAGGGAGCAGUGCAAAAACAGUCUCUGAACGACCGGAGAACGAGUAUCCCCUGGCUAGGCAAGUGCUGAAAACCUUCUUCCUCGAUGCAUCCACGAAGAGGAUAGAGGCGCAACCGAUUGGCGAGGAGGCUUCCGUCUCACACAUUAGCAAUGACAACAAGUCAACCUCCGACUUUACACUCACUUUUCACGAGCACACCGAAAUCGCGGGGUAUGUUAAAGUCCGCCUUUGGGUCUCAUGCAAAGACCACGACGACCUCGACAUUGCGGUCCACAUCCGCAAGAUCUCAAGGACAGGCAAACCACUUGACCAUCUCAACUAUCCCUGUCCUGUGCCGAUUGAAGAGGUGCCAAGCUUCAACACCUCCAAAUGCCUGGGUCCGCAGGGAUUCUUGCGCGCUUCGCACGCCGUGACCAAGGUGGCAGAACGUUCCACAGACCAGGAAAUUUUCUACCAACACGAUCGACGCGAGCCGAUCAAGCCCGGAUCGAUUGUGAAAGUGGAGAUCACGCUCUGGCCAAUGGGCAUGGUCUUCGAUGCUGGCGAGGGCAUAAUGUUGCGUAUCGGUGGCCAUGAUAUGAUAUACCCAGAGACUGAUAAGAUCAUUCAAUCUCCGCUGGAAGACAAUGAGAAUGUGGGCGUGCACACCAUUCAUGCGGGAGGACAGUACGAUUCUUCGCUAGUUCUGCCAUUUAUCUAG